UUCUUAAAGUCCCCUUCUCAACACUUCCGUAAUUCCUCUUCCGGGACCAGAACUCCGGGUUUGUGUGUGUCCGUGCGUGUUAUGAGUGUACACUAAAAGUACGCCCCGCGAUUCUCUGCCUCUGCUCCCCUUUCUGGUACUUCCUCUCUGCUUUAUGGACCGGAAGCGUCCUUGAGCCAAAAUAGUUCGCCGGGCACUUCCGGACGGGAGAAGAAGGUUCCGGGAAGGUGCUGAAAGGAGAGAGCAGGACAGCGGCGGCAGCUGGAGGAUGAAGAAAGAGCAUGUGCUGCACUGUCAGUUCUCUGCGUGGUACCCACUGUUCCGAAGCCUUACCAUCAAGAGGAGUGGAUCCCAGCACAAAGCUGUAACUGCUGCUUUCAAGUCAGUGUCCUGGGGGUUUAGCAGAUUAACAGCUGAGGAAGUCAGACAGAAGUGGUCGGAUGACGAGAACACAGCCACACUUACGGCACCAGAAUUUCCCGAGUUCGCCACUAAAGUCCAAGAAGCUAUCAAUUCCCUGGGGGGCAGUGUGUUUCCUAAGCUUAACUGGAGUGCCCCAAGGGAUGCGUACUGGAUAGCAAUGAAUAGUUCUCUGAAAUGUAAAACCCUCAGUGACAUCUUUCUACUCUUCAAGAGUUCUGAUUUCAUCACUCGAGACUUCACCCAGCCGUUCAUCCAUUGUACUGAUGACUCCCCAGAUCCUUGUAUGGAAUAUGAGCUUGUUCUUCGAAAAUGGUGUGAAUUAAUUCCUGGGGCUGAGUUCAGAUGUUUUGUCAAGGAAAACAAGCUUAUUGGUAUUUCUCAAAGGGACUACACACAAUACUAUGAUCAUAUUUCUAAACAAAAGGAAGAGAUUUGCAGAUGCAUACAAGACUUCUUCAAGAAACACAUACAGUAUAAAUUCUUAGAUGAAGACUUUGUAUUCGAUAUAUAUAGAGACAGUAGGGGGAAGGUGUGGCUGAUCGAUUUUAAUCCAUUUGGUGAAGUAACAGAUUCUCUGCUAUUUACUUGGGAAGAACUGAUAUCCGGAAGAAACCUGAAAGGUGAUUUUAGUGAAGGAGAUGCUCUGGAGCAGGAUUCUCCAGCUUUCCGUUGCACAAACAGUGAAGUGACCUUCCAGCCCAGUCCUUACCUGAGUUACCGGCUGCCCAAGGACUUUGUCGACUUGUCUACUGGGGAAGACGCUCACAAACUCAUUGAUUUUCUUAAGCUGAAGAGAAAUCAGCAAGAGGAUGACUGACUAGAGUGCUGGAGUUCCAGACCGCAUUAAGGAGGAAACCACCGCUCCUUCAGGAAGCUGUUCAUGAUCCACAGCUCCUGGGAACCCAGUCAGAUGGGGGUGGGGCGGGCUAUGUGGGAAUCAGUAGCUUUUUAUAUUCAUGUGCAUUAAGCUGGGAAAAAAACAAAGGGACUUUGCUACUUGUAAAAAUAACACAAUAAAUAGAUCUUAAACCUAGGAAACCAUACUGUUCUGAUGAUAAAAUACUUUCUAUGAAAUAC